GCUUGACGUUGACCGACGUCGUGGUGCAACAGGGAUAUCAGUUAGCUCACUACCAGCACAAGUUAGAAGUUUUUAUGCCAGUUCCCUAAACGCCGUGUUUACCCGAGCGGAAAAGCAAAGAGCGACUACGGCUUAUCUUUCUUCCCCUGUCCACCAAGUGACCUACUUAGCAAGACGUUAUCCCGGGAUAAAUUAGCCAGAUUUGCUAGCAGAAGUAGGUCACUGAGCUGCUGGUUCGGCCUAGAUUCGCUUUCGAGGAAAACUUCGCUGUUUUGCGGACCAUGGUUGUUCUGAAAAACAUCCAUCCUCCCACUGAAGGGGUGCGACAUGAGCAAGCCGACACCACGGCGGUGCUGGACGGCCAGAGGCUGGGCUGCGGCACGCUCUACGUCGCUGAAACGCGUUUGUCGUGGUUUGAUGGAUCGGGGUUGGGUUUCUCCCUGGAGUAUCCCUCCAUAGGCCUGCAUGCCAUCUCCAGGGAUGUGAGUGCGUACCCCCAGGAACACCUGUAUGUCAUGGUGAACGGAAAGCUCAACGAAGAGAAUGAGGCAGAAAUGGCUGAGAAAGCAGCUGGAGACGAGGAGGAGGAUGACGGUGGCAGCAGCAGCGGAGGGGAAGAUGACGAUGAUGAAGGGGUGAUCUCAGAGAUUCGGUUUGUGCCGACCGACAAGACGUCAUUGGAGUCCAUGUUCUCAGCCAUGUGUGAAUGCCAGGCCCUUCAUCCCGACCCCGAUGACUCUGACUCUGACAACGACUUUGAGGGAGAGGAAUACGAUGUGGAAGAAGCUGAAGCAGAGCACGGCCACGCCGACAUCCCAACCUUCUACACGUGUGACGAGGGUUUGUCGGCGCUGACGCAGGAAGGCCAGGCCACGCUGGAGAGGCUGGAAGGGAUGCUGGCCCAGUCCGUUGCUCAGCAGUACAACAUGGCUGGAGUGAGAACCGAAGAAACUAAACCAGAGUUUGAUGACGGGAUGGAGGUGGAUGCUGCAGCGAUGGAGGCCGGCCAGUUUGAAGACGCGGACGUUGAACACUAGAGGAAAUCGUGUCUACAUCCACACAAAGCACCAGUGGGAUCAGAGAAGGAGACGGCAGCACUUAUUUACGGCUUCCUGCUCUGACCCACACCCUCUUCCUGUUCUGGGAAUUUUCUGUUCUCUCCUCUUGUGCUGAACCUCUUCCUAGUCUCCCCAUAUUUCUUGCGCUAAAGCUCACGUGUUGCAGUAGGACGAUGUUUUUUUCAUGGUCAAAUCUUGAAGAUGCAGCGAGCUACCGAUGAACUGGAAGGCUGCUGGAACAUAAACAAACCCUGUUGACUUUAUUAAAACAUUUUGGGUUGUACAUAAUUUAACUGUUUCCCCUCCUUUGUCUUUGUAAGAAAUGAUCAAUAAAAUAAUUUUG